AUGGCUAUUGAGGUAUUAAACCCCCUAGACCACGAUAGCAGGUCUAAUGCAGAAGACUUGGACUACUGGACACAUCACUGCGUCCCUGUUCUCAGCUCCCUCCUGAGGUCUGCUGAGUCCUACUUGCCCGCCGACCAGGAUGCUCAACUACGUGUCCUGUAUGAACAUGUUCUCCCGAACCUUGGUCCGCGGCCAUCCGUGGCCCAUACCAGGUCCUUUUUGACACAGAGUGGCUCCCCUUUCCAGCCCUCGAUCAACCUCAGCUCCGGCAAGCCUCAAGUACGCUAUUGUUGGGAGCUGUUAGGUCACUGCGGCGGCAGCGACAGCGACCCGUUUGCCGUGGAGGCAGCACGAGAGAUACUGCCUUCUCUUUCCACGGCCUUUGGCUUUUGCACGCGAUGGACCGACGCCUUUAUAUCGGCAUUCGCUCCAACGCCCGAAGAAGCGAAAGUCACCCAGGCCAAGCUCCCGAAAUGGCUGGAAAGCUUCACGUCGGCGGCAUCAGAAGUGCCGCCUAUAAAGCGACUUCCUUUUGCCUUUGUUGCCUUUGACUUGAAAGGCCCUAAGACGUCUAUCAAGGCAUAUUUCAACCCCAAGGCCAAGGAAAUCGCGACUGGGACGCCGGCGACCGAGAUGACCUGGAAUGUCCUUCGCAAUUUGGUACCUUGUAUCAACCCGGCAUCAAUCGACGUCCUUGCGCAAUUCCUCACCGAACGCUCAGUUCCUUCUACCAUUGAGCUGGUGGGAAUCGACUGCGUCGACGAAGCCAGUCUGUCAGACGCACGAGUCAAACUCUACGUUCAUUCCAUGAGCAACUCCUUCAACACGGUGCGGGAUUACGUGACCCUGGGCGGUCGUCUGCAGGAUGCGACCACGCUGAAGGGCCUAGCGGUCUUGCGCGACAUUUGGCACCUCCUGCUUCAAGAGCCCGAAGGCAUCGUUGGCGAUGAUUACAACAAGCCCCUAAACGACGGCUCUAUGCUCUGCCAGAGGUUGUAUUUCAGCUUCGAGAUGAGGCCUGGCAGGGAGUUUCCAGAAGUCAAGACCUACUUGCCAACUUGGAACUAUGCACGGAGCGAUGAGGCAAUCGUGCAAAACUACGAGGAAGUCUUCCGGAAGUGCGGCCACGAGUGGGGCAUGGACGGGAGAUACAAGAAGGUUUUCGAGAGUGCUUUGUAUGUGACUGCCCCUUCUUUGCUGCCCUAG